AUGGCAACAAGCGAGAGCGACGCACUGGCAGGGCCCGAUACUCUAGUCGGAGAGGUUAUCGACGACGCAGAAUUCCCUUCCCUGGCAUCUGUAGCAGAAGCUCAACAGGCUGCAUUCAAGAAUGCUCUCGUCAAGUACCAAAAUGCUACCGCGGGCACUAAAAACCCAUCCGCCUUGGAUCUCGACAGCGUGCACACCUGGAGCGAGGUCCUGGAGGCUGUCGAAAAGGCCUCAUCCGAGUACAACGGCAGCCCGGGUCACUGGGGCAAGAUUCGCAAGGCACUCCGGCGCUUCGGGGGUACAAACAGUGUCUUCGAUGCGUGGUCGUCUGUGCUACCAGCGUGGUCGUCUGUUCUACCAUCGCAAUCCGAGUACUUUUCCAUCAUUUGCGGAGGACUGAAGCUCAUCUGUGGUGCUGCUGCCCGUCUCCGGGAGCUACGAGGGGAAAUCGCUGACGCAUUGGAAGAGCUGCCGAAUCUGUUCUCCGUAACGAGCCAGGCCAUUGCGAUAUUCGAUUCACCCAAAGAACUCGAGCGGUGUGCCGUAGACCUCUAUGUCACCACCCUUGAGGCACUGGAGCACAUUGUCGGGUGGUUUACACAAAAAGCUGCCAAAAAAGCAUUCUCGAGCCUUCUCAAGCAGGAUGCAUACCAGCAAGCGCUGAGCAACAAGAUUGACAACAUCCGCAAGUGUUCCGAGAGAUUCGACAAGACCGCCCGGCUAUGCUCGUACCAAAGCCUGGCAUCGGCGCGGCACGACAUCCGGGCGCACGAGAAGCUUUCGAGAACACAGCACGACGAGCUCCUGGGCAUCAUACGGCAGGCCGAAGACGGCCUCCGGAACAGGGAUGACCUCCUGACGGCCCUGGCCUUGCGCGUUCUUUCAUUGGAGAAGAAACAUGCGCAGUUUGUCGGGUCUCCGUUUUGUGCGCCGGAGCCGAUCGAGGCUGACCGGCUCCGACGCCGGCUUGCGCGGCCUGGCCAGGCGUAUGUUGGUGCAGGCAGAUUGGUAACGCAAGAACGGCUGCAAACACUCACAGACGGUCUCGCGCCGUUCCGCGAGGCAGCAACCGAGUGCGAAAAGGACAUGGCCAAGGUCGCCAGAUCCAUCGAGUCGCUGCCGCGUGUGGCACAGGACCGAACGGCCGCCAUGGUCCAGUCGCGGCAGUUCCAGGCGUGGCUCGCGUCGCCGCUCUCCGAGGUGCUCUUCAUCAACGACAGCCACUCGACGCCGCUGUUCUCCAGCCCGUCGGCCUUUCUGUGCGCCAGGCUCGCCGAGUCGGCAUCAUCGCCCCGUCACAACGGCGAUGACGCCAUCUCCCUUCACCACUUCUGCCGCGAACACGUGGAUCAAACAGGUUCUGCAAGAUCGUUCGGCCCGCUGGGCGUGCUGAGGAGCCUCAUUGGCCAGCUGCUCGCACGGGUUCCCCAGCUCGAGGUGCCGCGGCGCCUCCUGGAGAUGGAUGGCCGAAACCCGGCAACGUCGGGCAUGACUGUCGAGGUGCUGAAUAGCCUGUUUGAGCGUCUACUGUUCCAACUGCCCGCUGACACAGUCGUGAUAUGUGUUAUUGACGCGGUGAAUGUGUUUGAGGAGCAGCGUGAAGAAAUACAGCGGGACGCAAGGGCCAUGGUCGAGGGCCUGGUUCGGGUCAAGCACUUCUCUGAGCUGGGUCGCUGCGCGUUCAAGCUCCUCUUCGCAUGCCCUUGGAAGAGCAGGGCACUCUAUAGAGCGCUCCCGGACGGAGAAGACGCAGUACUCUGGAUGCCAGGCCACGUCGCGUCCCAGGGGGGACUGUCGACGACGAGAUGGAACUCUAUGCUGCUGCAAACGUUUGCCUUUGUCAGAUAG